AUGACGGCUGCUCCCAAAGCCGCAAAGGGCCAGCGAGGCCCCCAGGGCCACGGUGACGCUGCCUUCAGAACAAACAGCGCAUGUACUGAGGUCUCUGAGGGAGUCAAAGGCGCCGCUCUCAUGGAAGAGCGCUCAUUGCUUACCUCCCUUAUGGAAGCUGCAGCCACCGGGAACAAAGAUGCACUCCUCGGAGCUAUACGCAAAGUUGCACAGAGAUACGGCAAACGCAACGCAGCAGCAACUGCGAGUUCGGAACCUACAGUUCUACAAGGAGAAGAAGCAACAGCAUCCCCUCCGGCAGGAGAUGCUGCAGAUGCACCAGUAGCAAGACAUACAGCUGCUGCUGCUGCAGAAACCCCAGCAGCAACUGGUCCAAGAGAGGCAGAAGGAGCAAAGUGUGAGGAGUUUGGUUUGGACCCCGAUCUGUUGCUAGGCUUCCGUGAUGGUGAAGGGCGUACAGUAGCUCACUUUGCAGCUUUAGGGGGUUCCUCUGAGGUGGUGGAGUUGAUACUGCGCCUGUGCCCCUCGGCUGCCAAGGCCCGAGACAACUAUGGAAAAACUCCUCUCUUUACAGCUGCUUCUCUGGGCAACACGGAUGUGCUGCAGCUGCUGCUUCACAGCGGAGGUGACGCUUCAGCGCGCAGCAAGGGCGGCAGCACCGCUGUGCACGAGGCCAUCUGCGCGCAGAAGGCAGCAGCCAUUAAACUUCUUCUCGAAAGAGGAGCAAACCCCAACGCUGUUUCCUCUAUGGGCACACCUCUGCAGAUCGCCACGGUGACGCAGCAGCAGGAAAUCCUUGAGCUUCUGCUCUCUCGUGGCGCAGAUCCCAACAAUGGCCCGAAAUCAAUUCCCGAUUCAGGCCACGCUCGCGAUUCUGAGCAAGAUUCGAGUGCUUCCGCCUCCUGUUGCAGCCCUUUCCCCCCAGCCUUGAUCCUCGCAGCCUCGAAGAACGACUGCAACUGCCUGCAGCUGCUGCUGCAGCACGGGGCUGAUGCCAACGCCACAGACACCGAAGGCUUCACAGCACUUCACUGUGUAGCAGAAACGGACUGCGUAGAGUGUGCAGAACAACUCCUUAAAGCUGGCGCUAACUGGGAAACUGCUGCUUCCGAUGGAUCGACUCCACUCGAGCUGGCGAGGCGCCACAAGUCUAGGGCGGUGGCGCAGCUGCUCGAGCCCCUGGGGCCUAGCCCCCAGCAGCCGGGGUUUCCUUUUCAAAGGCCUUCUACCAAACAGCGGCAAGCAGCACCAGGAGCUGAAAGGGUAGGAGAAACACGCUUGAUUGAUGAUUCCGCUGAUGGGGAUAUGGAGGCACCCCUACCUAUUAUAAGUCUGAAUCAUUCGGCCCCGGCUCCGCGUGAAGCAGUAGCGAAGGUCGAGAAGUUGAAAGAGGCAGGGAAUGCUGCCUUCUGUAUGAGGGACUAUGCCGCAGCCAAAGCCAAGUACACCCAGGCAAUUGAGGAAUGCCCUAAGGUGGAGGCGGCGCGGGAGCUUCUGGGGGUCCUCUAUUCGAACCGAAGUUUCACUAACGAACAACUUGAAGACGCGCAGGGGGCCCUGGCGGACGCGCAAGCGGCGGUGCAGCUGCGUCCCGAAUGGAGCAAAGCACAGUAUCGCCUGGCGAGGGCGCGCCGCCUUGGCGGCGCGACGGAGGAGUACGUCGCCCAGUUGUGGGAAGCGCUCCGCCUAGACCCGACAAAUAGCCAGAUUCGAGAGGAGAUGAACACAGCGGUGCAGGCGGCUCGGAAGGUUCACGCUGACAGGGCCACCGCUACUACGCCGCCUGCUUAG